GUUACUCUUUACGCUGGAGCCUGACAGCUGCCACACUGGACUCGGACUGAGCCGAACUGUCGUUCCUGUGAUGCCCCAGGGCGGGCUGAGCUGGCUGGGGUUGCGAUGCCUUACGUGGACCGACAGAAUCGCAUCUGCGGCUUCCUGGACAUCGAGGAGAAUGAGAACAGCGGCAGGUUUCUGCGCCGUUACUUCAUCCUGGACACUCAGCAGGGCAACCUGCUGUGGUUCAUGGACAACCCACAGAAUCUGCCAAAGGGUGCAGAAAAUGUGGGAUCUCUCAAACUCACCUAUAUCUCCAAGGUCAGUGAUGCCACCAAACUCAGACCAAAGGCAGAGUUCUGCUUUGUUAUCAACGCAGGAAUGAGGAAGUUCUAUCUGCAGGCCAACGACCAGCAGGACUUGGUGGAGUGGAUCAGCGUUCUCAACAACGCCACCAAGAUUACUGUGCCAAAGCCAGGCGAGGGCCAAACCGCCAAUGCAGAGACUCCCCAGGAGGUCCUGGGAGCCAUGAAGCAGGUCUCCUACAAGACUGAGAUCAUAGGAGGGGUCCCUAUCAUCACUGCUACACAGGAGCAGGGGGAGGGGCAGAACGGGGCAGAGCGUGGAGGUGUAAAGCGGGGUCAGAAUCAGCUGCCCUACUUUCUGUCCAGAGGAGUGCAGGACCAGGGCGUCAUCAAGGCUGGAUACUGUGUCAAACAGGGAGCUGUGAUGAAGAAUUGGAAGAGACGGUACUUCACACUGGAAGAAAACGCUCUCAGCUACUACAAAUCUGACCUGGAGAGGGAGGCACUGAGGGUGAUACCGUUAAAAGAGAUUAACAGAGUUCAAGAGUGCAAACAGAGUGAGCUGAUGAUGAGGGACAAUCUGUUUGAAAUGGUCACCAGCUCCAGGACCUUCUACAUACAGGCCGACAGUCCAGAGGACAUGCACAGCUGGAUUAAAGCCAUCUCAGGUGCAAUUGUGGCUCAGCGUGGCCCGGGACGUUCUGCUAACACUAUCCGUCAGGCCAGAAGGCUGUCCAGCCCUUGUAUACAGAGGUAUACUCCAUUCUGCAGUGGUGAAUGCAGCACGAGCGCAGUGACCACUCCCCAACAUCCGCCUCCAUCUUCUACUACCCCCUCGACGCGGAACCACAGCUCCCCCAGCCCUCCUCCGACCCCUCCUCAGCGGGCCAUGAGCCUCACUCUGGACCCGCAGCACCACCAGGAGAACUUCCUGGGCCUGCUGCCAUGGCGGCUGAGCGGUGUCCAGUCGGUUAUGCUGCCCCUCCCCUCGGCUCGAUCUCGGCUGUCACUGCAGGAGACGGUGCAGACUUCGAAGUAAGGGAGGUCGAUUUGCCGUGGAAGCGGCGCAGUGAAGUCGCCCAGCUGUCGUUUGUCGACAGCGGAGGCAGCGAGGAGCCGAACGGUCGCACCACUGAAAAACCCGACCUGCAGAUAACCCUAAUCUGAAAACCUAUUGAUUAAGUUGAUGGACAAUCUAGAACAACACUCUUCUACUCAAGCUCCUUGUGCUGAGACUGUUUCGUGCUUAGAAAACUACCUGACCGGCCAAACGAUCCUUCCACUGAACUUCCUGGGACCAUUUCUUUGUACGUUCGUGUGUGCACAUGUGGAAUAUGACCUCCUUCUGCUGUUUUUCUCUACUCACUUGUCUUCCUGGAUAUUAUUUACAAAGAACCGCUGCAGACAAACAAAGCCAUGUUGUCAAGCAAAGAAAAGAAAAAUAACUUAUUGUACAUUUUGUUCUUUCAGUUGUGCAAGACACCAUGAGGCAGAUUUCCUGGUUCAUGGGUGAAACAGACAAACCAAAGUUUGCAGCCAUGCUUUCUUUCUUUCUUUAGCUUGGGUGUUACGGGCUGUUCAAACUUUUAGAAGUUUUAUAUGUUUGUGUUUGACUCUGCUGAGAGACUGAUUAAUCCAGCUCUUCAGUUCAAGUUUAAGACAAUCUCCACUCAUACUGUUCAUAAUCUAAUCCUGAACUGGGGAAAUCAUCGAUUCACACAUGCACAAAACUCCUGAAAAGUUGCACACUGAAACGGAAGACACCAGGUGCUCCAAACAUUACAGAGGUAGGAUAGAAAUACCUAAAAAUCCUUUGUUGACAAAAGCUGUCAGUUGAUUUUGUUGGUUGUGCACAUUUUUCAUGCUGUGCACGAACGAUAUUGCCUGUUAAGAGUGAGCCAUCUCACAUCCUAAACAUCUUUGUUGAGAGUAGCAACCGUGGCGUGACACACAAACGUGACAGAGCAUAGUGGCUGUGACCUGUGGGAUGUCCUAAAACUUCUAAACUCUGGGAGCGUCUACCUUCCUUACUGCAAGUAAAUGUGUUAAAAUUCCUGCUGCAAAGUUGUGACUGAAAUAAGUAACCAUUGAAUCAUUUUGUACAUGCACUCCAGUGUAUUUAUGUAGAACAGAGUUAGACCAGAGAUGUACUUGCUGCGAACCAGGGGUCUCAAACUCAUUUUGGGUAGGGGGCUGGAUUUGCUCCAACAAGAUGUCCUAUGGACCGGACGAUUUUUUUGCAAUAUCAAUACGACCAACAACGGAUAUAAAGGCUGCUGUAAUGUUUCUAAAGAGAAAUAAUCCAGUUUUAGAUGCAGAUACCAUUUAAUGAGUGCUGCAUGUUUGCACACAAAAGGGUUAGGGCUACCUUAGAAAGAGAAUUUAUUGCAAGAAAUCUAAACAGGUCAGGCAAAAAUGUGCUGCCCUUGUAACAUAUAGCAGUUUUUACAGAUUUUCCUGCAUGCGAGAUAAACUGGGGCAUCUCUGUGUGUCAUUUUGGAUGCAUUUUAGCACUGCACCAAGACCAAAUAUGCCGACCUCUCAUAUCAUAGGACAGCCUGUGUCCAGAUUAGGAUUAAAUGUUUAGUUAUAAAGUAUUGUUUUUAUUGUUAUGAGAGGAAUUUUUACCAUUUGACAAGACCUGUAGUUAAAUACGCCACAGGGUUAAUAAACGAUGUUCCUUUUAAACUUAAGUGAUAAAGACCACAAUUUCACUUCUUGUUGACAUAAAAUUAAAUCGUAUGUAAAUAAAAUAAGUUGAUAUUGGUUUGGCAUUACAGACUGUAAUAAUGAGGGAUUAAAUCAGAGGGGAGAUUGAGCUGAGUCGCUCACCAAAGUGAGAUACAAUGUCUGAGUUUGUGGCUGACGGAAAACUACACAGGGGAAACAUUUGUCACCCUGAGCACAGCUGUUUUAAUCCCACUCAGGGGAAGAAGUUUGGUUUUACAAGGCAAAAAACUCUGGAUGCCUUUAUAUAGACUUAUUUAAACUUCUAUCCAUAUCUCUGACCCUUCCUGUCACAUCACUGAGCUGCGAUGUAAGUGUCGUUUAAAGAAUGAGUUGAGGAAAAGCAGCGGAGACGCUCAGACUAGCACCCUGGUACUACAGGCAAUAAACUCAAGCCGUUUUUACACAGAGAUUCCGCAAUAAAGGCGAAAAAGGAAUGCCCGUCUCUGUUCAGCAACAAGCAAUUAACACAAAGAUGUAACAGAGCCAUCCACGCCCAAGCUUACACGCAUACCUACACAUGUAGGUAUGUACCUACAUACAUACAUCAGAUGGCAGCUGCUGCCCGAGCUGCAGCUCGCUUUCAAUGAAAUUUGAACCUCUAGAUUUCUCAGUUCAAAACAUAUUUUCUAAAUAAAAUAUGGGGAAUAUAACAUGAACAUUCAUUUUGAUCUAUUUGAUCCAAUAGACUUUUUUCCCUCCAUGUUUCUGAGUUGGAGGUCCGACUUUAAGCAGUGUCAGCGCACGUAUUUACGUCUGAGGUCGGAAACUUCAGAGUACUGAGCUGACUUGAACACAUCAUGCAACUUUUCAGAUGCUGCUGUGAGCACAUAAGCUUUAUGGAAACGUCGCAUCGACAGCGUAGCUAUGUGUAGCCCUCUGCGUAGAUGCGGACCCCUACGCCGCAGCCUGAUGCGCACCUCUAAAUAAUCCUAACUAUGCGUCGCAGUGACGCAGACCGCAAGGGCUGUGAUUGGUCCGCUCAAAACGUCAUUUCCAGCAGUUGCUUUUUCUGGUCUUUCUUCCUGCAACACCAUGUUUUUUAAAGUUUUUGUGGAGCGGUGCGAGUGUUUAAACAAUGGAUCAAGUCGAAGAGCGAAUACUCGAGGAGGUCCAACUCCAAACACACCCGCUAUACCUCGGUCACCAUUUUUUAUGCCCUGUCCACAUGGAGACAAAUUCGGGCAUAUACACAAAAGUUUCUUGUCGUAUCAGCGUUUCAUCCACAUGGAAACGGCGUUUUGGGUGACUGUAAACGAUACUUUUUAAAAACGGGUCCCAGAGUGCAUAAAUCCAUAAACGACUACCGUUUCGUCUCCGUGUGGACAGCUAUCCGCAUCUUUCUUGAAACGAUUACGUCACGCACAGCGUAGCUCCCUUAAGGCACCUGCGCGGGUCUGACUAAAUAAAUAAUAGCAGACUGCACGGUUGUGUUCAUGCUGCAGAAUCUACUGAGCUUGUUAUGGCUUUUACAGAAAAAUCUAAUGCUCCUUUACCACCACCGCGAAUCGCACACACCAUACGUACUUAAAUCCACCACGGAGAACAACCAGGAGGGCAACUAGAACAAAGUUUGUGUCAUUUUUCUGUGAUGUGGCAUUUUUCCCAGGCGUGGCAUAUGCACUACAGCGUUUACAGUCGUUUCCAGUGGUUCCAUGAUUACGUGGAUAUUUCCUGAAACGAUCCUGUCUUUACGGAAAACUUUUUCAAAAUGAAACUGCAAUAUAUCGUUUUCGUCUCCAUGUGGACAGGGCUUUGGUGUGAUAAUCAAGGAUUCGGAUGUGACCCCUCUGAAACCACACACACACACACACACACCCUAGUGGCAUGGUGGUGAAUUGCAGAGCGUCGCGUUCCCUCGACGCAGAACUUCGAAUGGUCAAUGACAGUGUCACGUCUACGCCGUCGACGCAAUGCAGAAGCAUGCUUGAGUCCCAUGCUGUGAACUAAGCAGGAGUAGAUGCAUCAUGGCUGCCACACUCCCCUGCUGCAGCACCAAAGUUGUUGCUAACUUUGGGGCUAACUCUUAUUUAACCCAAUGUUUCUCAACCUUUUUACUGUUGAGGCCCCCUUUAAAAAUGUGAAAAACCUGAGGCAUUUUGCCUCAAUAAGACCCAAGAAGAAAUUGUAGAAAAUCUAUCUGAAUAGUUGGCUAAUUGAGUCAGUGGAUAAUCAACAAUCGUAAUGGUCUUUUGCUUCCUACCUGGAGUCCCUGGUCACUUCCCUUUUAGUAUGCCUGUUUUUUCCUAACACCGUUUUACAUUUCAUCUACAUUAACCACAAUGAGCAGCUAGUCUUGUUGUUCCCUAAUAUGUUCUGUAAUGCACAUAUAAAGCAAACUUAAAGAGCAUUUUCCUUUUAACUCCAGUGGAAAUGUUGCCCUGUUAAACAAGGUUUUAGCUCUCAGUUAUCUGAGUGUUGGUUUUAUCUUAUCUUUAAAUCUUUGAGAUGCCAGAAUAUGAAAGCAAGACAAAAACAGUUUAUGUUUUCCCAGAGAUUUUUUUUAAAGAUUCAGGCACCUUUUAAUCAUUUAACCUCCAAACCUUAUAAAAAAAAAAAGAGUAUUUGAAGCUGUUAGAUUUUAUGCCAGCAGGUUCAUUUCAGUGUAAAUGCUGCACUCCGUGGACUCACUUGUGGAGGCAAAAUACUGUUUAAAGCAAAGAGUUGAACUUCAUGGAGCUUUUCUGAAUUAUGCGAACAAGCUAGGUAGCAUAGCGGGCUGAUUUUGUUACCUGGCACCAGCACGAUUCUGACGAUUCUGAGCCCCACAAAUAUCAAACAAAGCAUCCAGCAGUCCCCUUUUAAAGGACAAGCCUAUGAAGGUAAAAAUGAUGGCGACACAUUCACUCGCUCAGGUUUCCGCUUACGAUGCAACUCGCGAUUAUUUUUACAAUCCAUUCAUCAGCAGACUAUUGCUUCAUCUUCAAACAUCUUUAAAAUGCUUCUUUCUUUGUUUAACCAGCAAUUGAAGUCCAAAGAAAUGAAUCUGCUUUCAGAAGCAACAGAGAGGCUUGAAAAGAAAGAUGUGUUUGUUUUUAUUGUUGCUCUAGGACAGAAAGCCUUUUGCAGCUGCUGUUUUUACUUGUAAAAGAUUUCCUGUCUGUAGAAAUGUUGGGUCACUGAUGAUGGGAGAUCUUAAACUGUUGUCUAAAGCAGUGAGGUGUGAUAACAGAUUUAAAUGUUGUUAACUCUCCACCUACAGUCGCAUCUUCACAACUGAUACAAUAUCUAUUAAAGUUUAUGGGUUUACAUGUAUAUGCACACAGGAAAAGUGUAUUUAUAGGAUGCUAAUGUUCCUGAAAGGAGGGGUGUUAAACCUUUAACAAGCAAAAACAUAAACUGCACCAAAAGACUGACAUGGGACUUUGCUGACAGGUUAAAAAAAUAAAUAAAUAAAAAGUU